GGCUUCGCUGCUGUGCUGUGCAGUGCAGUGCUCUCGCUGCGGCCCUCUCCUCUCCCUCACCCUGUCUCUCUCACUCUUCCCAUCCAAUCUUUAUUUCCACAAUCCAUUAUUCCUUCCCCCUUCGCUUCGCUUAUUCCCCCACUCACUUCCCUUCCACACCGCCGCCUCCGGAGAAGGGUCCACGGCGGCGUCCUUCCUCGGGAGGCGCUCGGCUCGGAUUCGCUCCUGCUCGGCGGCGGCGUCGCCGGCUGGUGGGCUCGCGCGCGCACCUGGUGCUGGGCUCCGCGGGCGCUCCUCGUGCGUGACACGCGCCCGAUGCGUCAGGAUCGCGCGGCCGGCGCCCGGGGCCUGCCGUGAUUCUGCGGGGAGGCUGGAUCUCGGUGCUUCCGCGUGCGGGAACCAGUGAGUUUUCUUUUUGUCUUCUCUUCCCCGGCGGCUAGCGGCGGGCCGCUUGGUGCACGUCAGCGCGGGAGGCCGGAGGUUAGCCGAUCUGGUGCUCUCGCCGCCCGGAGAGGUGGUGCUGGGCCCACUGCCGGGUUCUGCUUAGUAGGAGGCGGAGGAGGUAAGUCCCUCGUCUCAUGGGGCUCGCGCCGCCGGAGCUGGGCCAGUUCGACGGGUGGGAGAGCUCCGGGGAGGAGGAGCGGGAGCGGGAGCGUUGGGGCUGGUGCCGCCGCAGCCGCCGCGGCAGCAGCAGGCGCCGCGCGGCCCCCAAGGGCACCGACGACGACACCGCGGUCGACACCGGCUGCUGCAUCCGCCUCUGGCCCGUCGGGACAUGCCCUCCGCCGCCGCAGAGGUCCAAGGUCGACACCUCCACCAGCAGCGCCAGCACGCACGGGGAGAAGUCAACAGAAAAUGGUAGUAGGAAUCAACCGGUGGCAUUGGUAGUCUCAGGUUCUACAACUACUAGUAAUGCUGAAAGCAGUUCAUCUGCAUCUAAAGUCGGAGAAGAGAUAAAAGUUGCCUCCCAGCUGCGCAAGUUUGCAUUCAAUGAUCUAAAAUGUGCUACCCGGAACUUCAGGCCUGAAAGUCUCCUUGGAGAAGGGGGUUUUGGAUGUGUUUUUAAAGGGUGGAUUGAAGAAAAUGGAACUGCACCUGUGAAACCUGGUACAGGUCUCACAGUUGCUGUCAAGACGCUGAACCAUGACGGGCUUCAAGGGCAUAAAGAAUGGGUGGCUGAAGUUGAUUUUCUUGGAAAUCUUCACCAUCCCAAUUUGGUCAGAUUGAUUGGAUAUUGUGUUGAAGAUGACCAAAGGUUGCUGGUCUAUGAAUUCAUGCCUCGUGGCAGUUUGGAUAACCAUCUUUUUAGAAGGUCUCUUCCUCUCCCAUGGGCAAUCAGAAUGAAGGUUGCACUCGGAGCAGCAAAGGGUCUGGCUUUCCUUCAUGAAGAAGCAGAAAGACCAGUCAUUUAUCGCGAUUUUAAAACAUCUAAUAUACUGCUGGAUGCGGAGUAUAACGCAAAGCUCUCUGAUUUUGGGCUUGCGAAAGACGGACCUGUAGGUGAUAAAACUCAUGUUUCUACUCGAGUAAUGGGAACCUAUGGAUAUGCAGCACCAGAAUAUGUCAUGACUGGUCAUCUGACAUCAAAGAGUGAUGUCUACAGCUUCGGGGUGGUGCUUCUUGAGAUGAUGUCAGGGCGCAGGUCGAUGGACAAGAACCGCCCGAACGGGGAGCACAACCUGGUGGAAUGGGCGCGCCCCCUCCUAGGCGAGAGGCAGCGGUUCUACAAGCUAAUCGACCCUCGCCUGGAGGGCAACUUCUCGGUGAAGGGCGCGCAGAAGGCGGCGCAGCUAGCGCGCGUGUGCCUGAGCCGGGACCCCAAGGCGCGGCCCCUGAUGAGCCAGGUGGUGGAGGUCCUGAAGCCGCUGCAGAACCUCAAGGACAUGGCGAGCGCCUCCUACUUCUUCCAGACGAUGCAGGCCGAGCGGAUGGCGCACUCGAGCAGCAUGAACGGGAGGAGCAGCAUGAACGGCGGCUUCAAGACGCAGAGCCCGUUUGGGCGGCAUGGGCAGCCGCCUCCCGUGAGGAGCCUCUCUGACGGGCCCCGCGCGUCUCCGUUCCGCUACUCGCCGAAGCCUAACGUGAAGUGAGCGGAGUGGUGGAGGCGCGGUUUUCUGCCGGCUGGAAGGCACGGCCCCUGGAUGAAACCUGGUUUGUUGGGGGUGACUGGUUCGGGCCGUGCAUUUGCAUUGCAUUGCAUUGAUGUGUGUGCUGUAGAUUGACAUGUGCACAAAGUAAAAGGAUAUAGGCGAAAAAGGGUGGUGUAGGUAUCGGAGUUUGCUUGGCGGAUGUUUGCUCUGAGGUUUUAACUGAAUGAAUGCGGAUGCACCGUUGCUAUAUAUUUUUUUUGCCCCAAA